GCCUGUUGCUGCUGCAGCAUGUAGGCGUUGUGUUGGGCCUGCUGCUGCAACGACGGCUGUUGCUGCUGCUGCUGCUGGCCUGGCUGGAACUGUUGCUGCUGCUGGGGCAUCUGGAACAUGGCAGCAGCAGACAUGGAUGCAGCCGAAGCCUGAGCAGCCGAAGCCGGGCCCAUCGCGCCAGACUGCUGCAUCUGCAUCUGCAUUUGUUGCUGUGGGUUCUGAGCAGACACUGGAGGCGAAAACAUAUGCUGCUGCUGGCCGUUCAGUAUACCAGUGGGGGUGUCUGACAGGCCACGCGGGGGCACCUGCUGAGACUGCAUGACGGCUUGCUGCACUGAAGCGGAUUUGGCGCUGGGGGUCGGCGACGCACCAACACCCACACCAGCAGCAGCGCCUUCAGCCUUUGGCCUGAUCUUGCGCAUGAUCUCGGUAUUGGGCGAAAUAGUGGCGUUGCCGGGGCUGCUGUCCUGGGGAGUGGUCGGUUGGGGGGUCGGCGACUUGAGUUUGGGCGUAGCAGCCUUCUUGGCCUUGGACUUUGUGGUCUUUUCGCCCUUGGGUGCGGGUGCUUUCUUGGCCUUGGGCUGUCUUGGCUUCUUGGUCGUUGUUGCUGGUGACUUGAGCGUGGUGGCUGGGAGUGCUGGUGGCAGCGUGGCAGCGGACAUGGGCUGCUGCGGCGGUGCCCUGGUGAGGGCCUCAAGGUCGGCUGGCGCUAGAGUACCCAUUUGCAGCUGGUGCUGGUGCUGGAGGUGUUGCUGCUGCUGCUGCUGGUGGUGGAACUGAUUCUGGACCUGGCUCUGUUGAAGUUGGAGCUGCUGCUGCUGGUGAUGCUGCUGCUGCUGGUGAUGCUGUUGCUGUUGCUGUUGUUGCUGGACCAU